CACGUCAGCUACGUAAAAGCAGGCUACUCCUCUCCAGCGUCACUUUGAAAGAGGAGCGCUCAGCUGAAGCGCAGCAGAGGACACCGCCACACGUCAGGAGCAUCACCGACAGCCGUCGGGACUAGUAAAGUUGUGGCUUAACUUUAUUGACGCCUCGCAAUGGCAGAGCAUCUUCUACAUUACAGUGACUCGGCGGGGGUUGGAAACAGAUUCGCCCGCAAAGGAGCUUUGCGACAGAAAAAUGUACAUGAAGUGAAGAACCACAAGUUUACUGCGAGGUUUUUCAAGCAACCGACGUUCUGCAGCCACUGUACAGAUUUCAUAUGGGGAUUUGGGAAACAAGGAUUUCAAUGCCAAGUUUGUUGUUUCGUGGUCCACAAACGGUGCCAUGAGUUCGUCACCUUUUCCUGUCCUGGUGCCGAUAAGGGUCCUGACACAGAUGACCCCAGAAGCAAGCACAAGUUCAAGAUCCACACAUAUGGUAGCCCCACGUUCUGUGACCACUGCGGGUCACUCCUGUACGGGCUCAUCCACCAAGGGAUGAAGUGUGACACCUGCGACAUGAACGUGCACAAGCAGUGUGUGGUCAAUGUACCGAGUCUGUGUGGGAUGGACCACACUGAGCGUCGCGGCCGCCUUUUCCUCAAGAUCGAUGUCAGCGGGGAUAGGCUACACGUCACAGUGGGUGAAGCCAGGAACCUGAUUCCCAUGGAUCCAAAUGGUUUAUCAGACCCAUAUGUCAAACUCAAACUCAUCCCAGACCCAAAGAACGAGACCAAACAGAAGACCAGGACCAUCCGUUCCUCUCUCAAUCCUUGUUGGAACGAAUCAUUCACCUUUAAGCUGAAAGCAUCAGAUAAGGACCGACGUCUGUCCAUUGAGAUAUGGGACUGGGACAGAACCACCCGGAAUGACUUCAUGGGCUCCAUGUCUUUUGGUGUUUCUGAGCUCAUCAAGGCUCCCCAUUGUGGAUGGUACAAGCUCCUGAACCAGGAGGAAGGAGAAUACUACAAUGUUCCCAUUCCCGAGGUGGACGAUGUCAACCUGGAGCUUCGACAAAAGUUUGAGGCCUGCCAGUUAAAUAUCCACUAUCUCAAGAAAGCCAAGCUGGGCCACGGUAAGAAAGUUAUCACACCGACAGAUCACCGGCGGUUCAGUCUGCCCUCAGGUAACAUGGACAGAGUACGGCUCAGCGACUUCAACUUCCUGGCUCUUCUGGGAAAGGGCAGCUUCGGAAAGGUAAUGCUGGCAGAGAUGAAGUCAACAGAGGAGCUCUACGCCAUAAAGAUCCUGAAGAAAGACGUUGUGAUCCAGGAUGAUGAUGUUGAAUGUACAAUGGUAGAGAAGAGGGUAUUGGCACUUAGAGACAAACCGCCCUUCCUCACCCAGCUCCACUCCUGCUUUCAGACUGUGGACCGACUUUACUUUGUGAUGGAAUACAUUAACGGAGGAGAUCUCAUGUACCAUAUCCAGCGUAUGGGCAAGUUUAAGGAGCCUCAGGCAGUGUUUUAUGCCGCUGAGAUAGCAGUCGGUUUGUUUUUCUUGCAUCGGAAGGGAAUCAUCUACAGGGACCUGAAGCUGGACAAUGUGAUGCUGGACUGCGAGGGCCACAUCAAGAUAGCAGACUUUGGCAUGUGCAAGGAGAACAUGUAUGAAGGAAUGUCCACACGCACCUUCUGCGGCACCCCGGAUUACAUCGCACCUGAGAUAAUAGCUUACCAGCCUUAUGGAAAAUCGGUGGACUGGUGGGCUUAUGGAGUUCUCCUGUAUGAGAUGUUGGCAGGGCAGCCGCCAUUUGAUGGCGAAGACGAGGACGAGCUCUUCCAGUCCAUCAUGGAGCACAACGUGUCCUACCCAAAGUCCAUGUCGAAAGAGGCAGUGUCCAUCUGCAAAGGGCUGAUGACAAAGCAUCCGUCAAAGCGUCUCGGCUGCAGCUUGGAGGGUGAGCGGGACAUCAGAGAGCAAGCCUUCUUCAGACGCAUCGACUGGGAACGCCUCGCUAACAAAGAGAUCCAGCCGCCUUUUAAACCUAAAGUGUGUGGAAAGGGAGCGGAAAACUUCGACAAGUUCUUCACGCGCACGCAGCCCAUGCUGACCCCUCCAGACCAGCUGGUCAUCGCCAACAUCGACCAGGGCGAAUUUGCCGGCUUCUCCUUCAUCAACCCUCAGUUCAUCCAUCCAUCUCUGCACAGCGUGGUAUGAGGAGGAAACAGCUAAUAUGCCGUGGUCAACAAACUUAAAUUAUCCUCUAGUUUCUGCAUCUGAGAAUCAUGCAAUUUAGAGGAAGGGGAAAAAUUACAUAGCACUGAAAUGUCCACCUAUCAUCCUGUGGUGCGUUGUUUAGUCCAACUCUGUGUUUCCAACCUCCCAGCUGUAGUUUUCUGCAGCCUUUUAUCUUGUGAAUGAAUGUGUCUCUGUAUCGGUUACUAUCUCUUUUGGUGUUAAAGGUACGAUCCGGUUUUCCUUCACAUCCCUGCAAUGCACAAAAAGACUGUAGCAUUGUUUUCUGUUCUGCCUGAACUUUAUCUACAUGGUUGUUACAUUUCUACACUCAAAGAGUUAGUACACGGUUACAAGUGCCAAAAAAUAGAGAUGAAAAUACAUUUCUAUGGCAUUUCUUGUUCCUUUUCUUUUCCACCUCUGGCCUUUCCUUAUCCUGUCAACUCACCAAAACCUCUCAACAGACUGUUUGUAUCUGUUGUUUUGUAGAACGUGUUACUACAGUAUAUCUGACUCGACUUAAACAGACAGAAGCAAACUGUAUUACUGUUGCACGGCGUCCUGGUCCUUUCAGCGCAGCCGAUGUUAGCCGCAGUGGACAAGUGUUGUUCAGAAAAAUCUGAGUUAGGAAGAUGCUAUUUUCAUAUGCACAACGCAAAUCUCUGUUGCAUGCUUAUUUUCUGACUCUGUAUGAGCUGUAGAGUCUAGGAUGCAGUACACGUCUUGUAUGACUGUAAAGUUUAGUAUUACGAUAUAAAAUUCGACGAUAUACAUGUUUGCUCGGAUUAAAAGUUUCUUACUGGGAAAAAGGUUUUGUUUCAGUUUUGUGUUAGACUUUUACGUUCAAGAGGUCCAACCCCAUUGUUUUUCUUUUGUUUUUGUGUAAAUAUGUUUCAAAAAGAGAAGUUACUUGCAGAUUUUAUACAACAAACUGAAUGUGCUUUUACUACCAUAGACAGUUUAAACAUUUCUAUGUUUAGAUUAGUGCUGAAAAGAGAUCUAUAUAAAUUUUGGCUGAUUUAUUUAUUUUUUUGGUAGCUUUGGUAUCAGCAAACCCUGUCUUACGUUUAUGUAUAUCAAGUAUUUAUCCGCUGUUUUCUACUACUCAAUGUCAUAUAGAGAAUAUGCAGCACUACCUGUGCGUGGCGCGAUCGAAUACCCCUCUUGCCUUGGUCCCGACAGGGUCGACUCCCUCUGUAGACAAACUGAAUUCCAAACCGAGCUGUAAUGGUGGACCGCCCUGUGGCCAAAACCUGUCAUGUGUUUAUAUAUAUAUAUAUAUAUCAUGUGCAUGCGUGCGGCGAGGCCUGAUCCGAGCAUGAAAAAAGGCCCCUGCAUGAUGUAGAGACCUUGGACUCGUACAGAAUGAGAAAACCAGCCAGCAAUGUGCAUUUUAUUGGGUUUUUUUCUGAUCAUGUCUUUCCUUUUUCUCUGUCUGACCUGUUUAGCUAAAAAACUCAAAUAUGAGUAGUGUAAGAUAUGUGAAUUGCUUUACAUGGCUAUUUGUAUUCUCUGGUACCCCAUUUUCAUGUGUCCAACACAUCUAUUUUGUCUAUUUUGCUACUAGGAGAUAUUAACUUCCAAUAGAAAACCUUUAAAAAACUGCCAUUUUUAGAUUCUUACACAACUCAAAAAAGGCUGAAAUAAAUCUAAACAUCCUGUCUUUGCACUCCUUACAGUGACUUGUAUUCAUACCCCUUAACCUUUUUCACAUUUUGUCACAGUAAAACAACAAAUUUCAAUGUAUUUUAUUUGGAUAUUAUGUGACAGAGCAACACAAUUUGGUCUUUAACUGUAAAGUGGAGGGAAAAUGACACAUCAUCAAAUCUUUUUGGGGUGUCUCUACCAGCUUUGCUCACUCUUAGUUAAACUAGAUGGAAAGCAUUGUUGAAAAACAGUUUUCAACAUCAAUCUGUCUUACCACAGAUUCUGAAAUGGAUUUACCUCUUGACUUUGACUAGGCCAUACUAACAUGUAAGUAUGAUUUUACUUGAACUGUACCAUUGUAGCACUGACUGUAUGUUAAGGGUCAUUGUCCCGUUAAGAGGUAAACCUCUAACAGGUUUGUAUCAAGUUGGUUUGUGUUUUGCUCUAUCCAUCUUCACAUCAACUUUGACCAGCUUUGCCAAAGAAAACUAUCCCCGUAUCAGGAUCCUGAUAUGGGGACCCCCAUGGUUAAUCAUGUGUUAUAGUGAUCAGCACUAGUCUCAUCUGACCACUGCACCUUCAUCCACCUGUUGGCUGGGUCUCGUGCUUGUAGUAAACUUUAAAUGGGACUUUCAAAGGUUUUAUUUCAACAACAACUCACUUCUUGUCAGUCUCCCUUAAAGGCAGGGUGUAAAGCAAUUGCCAGAUUCUUCCACCUGAGCUUUCUAACUCUGUGCCUCCUCCAGUGUUACCAUGGGCCUUUUGGCUGCAUCCCUGACAAACGUUCUCCUUGCCUGACCUGCCAGCUUAGGCAUCAUAUCUUGUGCCAUACUCUUUCCAUUUUCAAAUGGUUGAUAAAGCAGUAUUAUUUUAUACCCUAACCCUGAUAUAAACGUGUCCACAACUUUUUCCCUGAUCUGUCUGCCCGUCCUUGGUCUUCGUGAUGCUGUUUGUUCUCUAAUGUUCUCUAAUGACUCUGUGAGGCCUUCACGGUACAGCUGGAUUUAUACUGAGAAUGAGUUAUACACACAUGGACUCUAUUAACUAAUCAAGCGACUUCUGAAGGCAAUUGGUUGUAAAUGCACAAGAAACCUUUUACAUUUUUGUUUGUGAAAAAGUGUAAAAAUGCUUUUCUUUUCCUUUAACUUCACCAUUAUACACUAUGUUAUGUUGGUCUAUAACAGCAGUCUCCAACUUCAGUCCCCCAGAGUCCUAUAACUUCUAGAUGCAUCCUUGCUCCAACACAUCUGAAUCAAAUUAAUGGCUCCUUACCAAGCAGAACUUGAUGACAUGCUGUACAGGAAAGUUGACUCUUUGAUUGAGGUGUGUUGGAGCAAGAGGACACUAGCUCUUGAGGACUAGAGUUGGAGAACCCUGGACUAUAAUAUGAAACUGCAAUAUAAUAAAUUGAAAAAGUUCAAUGGGUAUGAAUAUUCAUUCUAGGCACUGCAUAUAUCCGGACCAAAAUAAAUCGUUUAAAACAAACAAUGUUUACAUGUCUCAUAUUGAGAAACAAUGCUGGAUGGAAGAUUUGUCAGAGGAAAGAACUACUACAGGUUACAGUUAGAGCUAAAGAGCGGUUUGUAUGUUUUCCCUCAAUGUUCUUGCUUUGUAACCCGAAUCUUCUUGUUCCUAUGUUUUUUUGUGGUAUGUCAGAUACUGUGUAUAAAUAAAGUAUGAAAUGUAUAUAUUUA